GGAUUUCAACACAGCAUGAAAUUUUAGAUUUCAUGCAUUUGUUGUCAUCUUGUUCUGUCUCUGGCUUUUAUCCAAAAACAUUGCUUUUCUGUGUGGUUCCCUGAAGUCAAAACAACUAUUGAACCUGAUGGAUGCAUAAUGUUUUCUGGAAGAGAUGGGAGCUGUGUGCUGGUGUCUAUGAAAUCAGCAGGUUGCUGAGAGCAUGGCUGUAAAAAUGUUUAAACAUCUUGGCAUGUGGUCCUUCUGGUAAUUUUGGUUUCACAAAGACAGAGUGUUCUCUGCACAAGGGUCAAUGCUUUGCUCAGAGCAGAAGCCUGAAAUCCACUGACUUAAGGAGUUCUGCAAUGCUUGAGGGCUUUCUGAUUAUUCUGAUUUAUUAAGGGUAGCUUGUUGGAGUGUAAAGUUUUCGAGAACUCGCUGUCAUUUAAUUUGUUCUCUUCAGAAACAUUGUGUGCCUUGAAGAAACUACAUACUGUUCUAGCUGGGAGGUGAUUUCAGUUUAUCAAGCUUUGCUCUACAGGUGCCCAGAUAGCCAUUGCCAGAAAUAUCCUUGACUGAGAGUCAAGUGCAAGAAGAGCCAGUGUACAUGAAUAGAGGUCCUCUCCUUGCUGGCCUGUGGGGAGAGGAAAGACUGCUAAGAAGAGUGAUCACCCAGGCUGGGAAGGUGCUGGGAACCUGGGAGCUACAAUUUGGGCUUCAAUCAAAAUUGGUGACAGUUUGUUCAACAAACAUCAAGAUCGAGGCGCUGCAGGAGGUGCUGGAGAAGCUCAAGAGCAAGAGGGGACCGCACUACGAGAAGAAGUUCGGGCAGGUGCCCAUGUGCGACGCCGGGGAGCAGUGCGCCGUGAGGAAGGGGGCUCGCAUCGGGAAACUCUGCGACUGCCCCCGGGGGACGUCGUGCAAUUCCUUCCUCCUCAAGUGCCUGUAAGCAGAGGCGUCCCGGGACAAGCCGCCGGGAGUGCAGGCACCGACAUCUGGCCGCCCCGACCUCCGGCGACUUCCCGCAGCUCCUCCGCCCGAGAAACGCGGCGAUAAGUCCCCGCGUCGCCCGUGUAACGCUGUCCGUGACAUCCGACAUCCGUGGAGCUGUUUUCUUUCUCUCCCCCGCCCCACCCCGUCCUCUCCCUCGCCUCCUCCCCUGCUUUUUUUUGUCCGUCCAGGAAAAUCCCGGGCCGUGCCUUGGGAGUAGAGGUGCCGGUCCCGGGAGCUGCAGUGCCGUCCCAGUGCAGACCCGAGUAGUGCCAAGCCGUGCCAGGAAGCCGUACUGGCCCCGUGCCGUGCCCCGGGGUGUUCGGCUCCUUCCUCGGGCGGAAAACAUCCACCCGCUGCCGGCCGGAGCAGCCGGGGCCAGGGGACUCCCCUGAGGUGGCUGGGGGUAGCGGGGACAGGCGGGAUGCGGGUGUGUCCAAAGCACCCUGUCCCCUCUCUCUUGCCGCCCCGCGCAGAGGACCCAGUUGGGCACCCGCCAGAGCCAGCAGCCUGCAGCCCUCGGUGGGGCUCACCCGCACCGCUGGCCUCAGGCCAAAUCCAGCUGUGCUCACCCCGGGCUGUAGACAGUCCGGCAUGAGAGAGACACUGAUGGUGUGCGGGGGUCCGGCACUAGCAUGGCUGGGGUGGGGCUAGGGGGACAUUGGCUGCUUUACCAGGGCCACCACGGAGAGAAAGCUGUCUGGAUUCGUUGCAAACUACCUGGGGAUAUCCUAUUCAUGUUUCUACAAUGAACUGAUGUUUAUAAAUAUGUCUGUCCUCCACAGGUACACUUGCGUAUUUCAGCAAACUCAUAACGUGUUUUAAUCCUUUGUUUGUCUCUAUUAAUAAAGUCAGUGUUCUGAUGACAGUA